CGAAAGGCUGCUGCAGUAUUAAAGCAGCCACCACACCCAUCUGAGCUCUCUUGAGGUGCUGAGGGGAGAGCAGUCAGGACUUUGCUCAGUGAAACCAGGAGAUACUAACAUGGCAGGGAAGCCGGUGCUUCACUACUUCAAUCUCCGGGCCAGGGUGGAGUCCAUCCGGUGGCUCUUGGCUGCAGCUGGGGUAGAGUUUGAAGAGAAGUUCAUAGAAACUCCAGAGGACUUUGAAAAGCUAAGAAAUGAUGGGCUCUUGAUGUUCCAGCAAGUACCCAUGGUAGAGAUGGAUGGGAUGAAUCUGGUGCAGUCCAGAGCCAUUCUCAACUACAUCGCCACCAAAUACAACCUCUAUGGCAAAGACGUGAAGGAGAGACUCCUGAUUGAUAUGUACACAGAAGGAAUGGCAGAUUUAUAUGAAAUGUUCUUACAACUAAUAGUAACUCCUCCAGAUCAGAAAGAUGCUAAGAUAGCCUUGAUCAAGGACAGAACAAAGAAUCGCUAUUUACCUGCCUUCGAAAAAGUAUUAAAGAGCCACGGACAGGACUACCUUGUGGGCAACAAGCUGAGCAAGGCUGACAUUCUCCUGACUGAGCUUCUGUACACUGUUGAAGAGUUUGACGCCAGUCUUCUGGCCAGCUUCCCCCUGCUGCAGGCCCUGAAAGCCAGAAUCAGUAACCUGCCCAAUGUGAGGAAGUUUCUGCAGCCUGGGAGCCAGAGAAAGCCUCCGACUACUGAGAAAAUGAUCGAAGAAGCAAGAAAGGUUUUCAAGUUCUAAUACACUUGGUGUUGACCAACCCCAGGCAUAGCAAACUUUCAAAUUUUAUAGCAAUAAAAUUCUUUGUGUAAAUAUUGA